CGCGCGCUCCCUCUGGCGGGGGCGGCGGGUGAAGCGCGAGCGGGAGGGCCCGGCCGGGAGGGCCCGGCGCUGCGGGGCUCGGGCACGGGCAGGGCUGGGCUGAGCUGAGCAUGGCGGCCGCGGUCUCCGGUCCGGACGAGGCUGCGGACGGGCAGGAGCCUUUGCUGAGUUCCGGGGAGCCGGAGGAGGCGGAGAGCAGGGAUGUUGUGGAAACGCAAGAGCAUUAUAAGAGCAGGUGGCGAUCCAUCCGGAUUAUGUAUCUUACUAUGUUUCUCAGUAGUCUAGGUUUCUCCAUUGUAAUUAUGUCUGUGUGGCCAUAUCUCCAAAAGAUUGAUCCGACAGCAGAUGGGAGUUUCUUGGGCUGGAUUAUAGCGUCAUAUAGCAUUGGCCAAAUGGUCGCCUCUCCCCUGUUCGGCUUGUGGUCCAAUUACAGGCCAAGGAGAGAACCUCUUGUUGUUUCAAGUGCUAUUUCAAUAGCUGCUAAUUGCCUUUAUGCCUACAUCCAUGUACCUCAUUCACACAACAAAUACUACAUGCUGACUGCACGUGCUCUUGUGGGAUUUGGAGCAGGAAACGUGGCUGCAGUUCGAUCAUACAUUGCGGGUGCCACUUCACUUACAGAGAGAACAAGUGCCAUGGCCAAUACCAGUGCUUGCCAAGCAAUUGGCUUCAUAUUAGGACCAGUUUUUCAGACGUGUUUUACACUUAUUGGAGAAGAAGGAAUAACAUGGAAAUUAAUUUUUCUUCAGCUGAACAUGUAUACGGCACCAGUUUUAUUUGGAGCUCUCUUAGGAGUUAUUAAUAUUAUUCUCAUCUUUGCUAUAUUCAGGGAACAUAGAGUGGAUGACUCAGGACGGCAGUGCAAAAGUGUCAAUUUUGAAGGAGAAGAAAGUGGUGUUCUGGAUCAGGACACAGAAGCAAACGUUGACCAUGUUGCUGUGGUAGCAGUUAAUUUUCUUUUCUUUGUCAUCUUGUUUGUGUUUGCUGUCUUUGAAACUAUAGCUACUCCAUUGACGAUGGAUAUGUAUUCCUGGACCAGGAAAGAAGCCGUUUUUUACAAUGGAAUAAUCCUUUGUGUGGUUGGCAUUGAAUCAGUUAUUGUUUUCAUGGUGGUUAAAACACUAUCUAAAAAGACUGGUGAGCGUGCCAUACUCCAUGGAGGCUUACUGAUUGUCUUGGUUGGAUUCUUUAUCUUACUGCCUUGGGGGAAAAAGCUGCCCAAUAUCCAGUGGGAAGAAAUAAAGAAUAACUCCAUUCCCAGAACAGCUUCCACUGAAAUGUUUAUGCCUUUCUGGAGUUUGCAAGUGAUGCAGCUUCCAUCCAACCACACCACAGAGCCCGUGGGCUGCCCUGUCACACAGUCCUGGUGCCUGAAUACUCCUAUGAUCUACCUGGCCCAGUAUAUCAGCUCUGACAUACUGAUAGGGUUGGGCUAUCCAGUUUGUAAUGUCAUGUCCUACACGUUAUACUCAAAAAUUCUAGGGCCAAAGCCCCAGGGUGUCUACAUGGGGUGGUUAACUGCCUCUGGAAGUGGAGCACGAAUACUUGGGCCUGUUUUUGUAAGCCAAGUGUACACUCACUUGGGACCACGUUGGGCAUUUAGCUUGAUCUGUGGAGUAGUUGUAGCCUCUCUCUUAGUCUUGGAGAUAGUAUACAAGAGACUAAUUGCAUUUUCUGUCAGAUACGGAAGGAUGCAAGAAGAGAAUUGUUAAAUAUGUAUUUAAAGAAAAAAAGUAAAACCAACCGGAAAUAACACGUGUUUAUUACUGCUUUUUAUUGAGGAGUACCUAACCCCUGACCUUGUUGGCUGUAUGCUAAGAACUGUAAGCCUGUAUUUACACAUUGACAGAGCACAUAACUUGGUCAUAUCCUAAUACAUGGCUACACCUGCUGCAACAGAGCUUUUGUUCUCUGCUUUUCUAGCAGCAGAGGAAAGGAUGUGAACAAGUUAGAUCAGUACAAUGAGAUAUUUGAAGCGUGUACGAUUUAAAUGAUGCACCUGUGUGCUGAAUGUAGCUAUGAAGGUCACAGGUUACGUGCAUCCUUUUCAGAAAGAAGUAAAAGAAGUAUUUAUCUUGAUUCUGUGAAUCAGGAUUAGUAACUCUUUUGUAACUACAAGAUUAGUAGACUGCAUGCACUUUGUCCAGAAACACUGCGACUUGAGUGAACUGACUUUGAGUUUGGUAGUUUGUAAGCACUGGUUAAAACAAAAUGUCUCUCUUUGGAAAAUGUCACAUGUCAGCACAUCAUCUCCAGGAUUUCAAAUGAAAUGUGACAGAAUCAUAGAGGAAGGCAGAUGCCUACUUCACAAGCAGUUUAUGUGAGAUUUGGGUAUUUAAUGUUAAAGAGCCAUUGAAAAUCACAGCCAUGGUGGCUGUUACUUGAACUACAGUGAAGUAUAUGUGAAACUUUUCUUCUGCUGUUUUGCUGAAUGCCUUUUUAUAGCUAGAAGGAGAACCUGCACAGAGUUAAAUUAUGCACAGCUUUUCCUUACUUUACUACAAGAAGGAAAUACUAAGCAUGAUAGUUUGCACUUGUUACUUUUGAGAAUGAAUGCACUGUACUGAGCAGUGUUAAUGAAGUAAUUAAGCAGGAGGAAAAUGGCUCUUCAGGUGUUGACUGUUAUUUCUAAACUUAUUUUUUCUGAUAUGGUAUAAGAAAUAGGAAUUUACAAUGUUUGAAUAAUUGUGUUUAUUUUAAAAAGUGAAAUAAUUUUCCUUCAUAAUGGGGAAUUAUAACCUCACUUGUAUGGGUUUAACUGUUUCAGUGCUACUUGGGGGGGGGGGGAAUCGGGAAUAACUCCAGUUGUAGCUGCUGCUUAAUGUCUAUAUUUUAUGCUUACUGAAUUUAUUAAAUGUAACUAAAUAUUCCUAUCUAAUCAAUUGUUCAAACACUGAAAGACUACUAAAUUAAAUACUAUUUUUUCAAUACUGA